ACCAGGGGCUUGGACGACAGACCCGGUUAAAUGGAUUUAGAAAAAAGUCGAGGAUCUAAUCGCUGAGGGAUUUCAUAGCCAGUCUUAUUUUAAAGUGUAUUCACAAGUGAGAAAGUGCACACUGAGAAAAUACCAUGACAUUGGGGUCUUGACGGCAAACGGACCCUCAAAUACCCUGAUGUGUCAGGAAUGAUACUCGCGUGGUACCACAAUUACGUACUAGUCUAAUUUGUACAGCGUACCCGUAGAAUUAAGAAGUAUUGUGACCAAGAUAUGGUGUAAAUAUCACUUUUACGAACCUGUGAACUACCUUGACAAAGCUUUGACAGCUAUAAGACGGCCCUUUGACACCUGAUCUCUUGACCAUGACGUAUCACCUCUCAUUCUGUGGGUGUGGCCUUAUGGUUAUUUAUCAAGUGGGCGUGGUCGAGUGCUUUAUCACACAUGGUGGGCGGUUCCUAAGUCGGGUGGACAAGCUGGCCGGGGCGUCUGCUGGAGCCUUAGUAGCUGUUGCCAUGGCGACCAAGUUGAAAGAAUUCCAUAUAAUGAAGGAUUUGUCCUACAAAAUGGCGGCAGGUAUUCGCCAGAGGGAAAUCGGUAUAUUUACUCAAAAGUCAAAUAUAAUGCUCAGCGUGGAGCAACAUCUCCGCGAAUUUCUGCCAGAAGAUGCCCACCAGGUGGCGACAGGGAAGUUGUUUACGUCACUGUCAGAGCUCUCCAGGCACAACAAGCCCAGGUUGAAAAACAUUCUUAUUUCAGAAUACGAAAGUAACGAUUUUCUAAUUCAGUGUUUACUCGCUUCAUGCCACAUCCCUGGAUAUGCAGGCACGACAAAACCUUUACACAUCCGUGGAAAGUCGUACAUUGACGGCGGAUUCACGGACAACCUCCCAGUAUUUCCCACGGGGAGGACCAUCACCGUGUCCCCGUUCUCGGGGCAUCAAGACAUCAGCCCCACCGACAGGAGCGUGUUGGGUCUGAGGGUCAGGACGGUGAACCAGGACUUCCAGUUCAACCUCAGGAACCUGCACCGUGGGGUAAGGGCGCUGGUGCCCACCAAUAAGACCGGACUUGAAAGAAUAUAUGAACAGGGUUGGGGGGAUGCGGUGAGGUUUUUGAAGAAGGAGGGGCUAUUUGAUCAGUGAUGGUUUUUUCCCCAUUUUGGGAUGGUUACCGUGAAGGUACCAUGCAGAUUAAGAGUGCAGAAUUCACUUUUCACAUUCAGGGCGCAGAAUCCGAUUUUCUAACUCUGCUCUCCGCACCGCAUGUCAAUAGA